AUGGGACUGAUACAGGUCUGAAGAGGAUGCUCAAAUACACCUGCUCCAACGUACAUUAGCUACAACAAACACACAGCAGAGGUGCAACAGUUAGAUUCAACUUCAAAAACCGCGUUUUAGAUCCGUCAGUUUUCCAAAACUAACUGGAAAUAAGUGGAGCAGACGACACAAACGAGAGGAUCAUUUAUGAGAGGAGCUUUCAGCCCUGCAGACCUGACUGAUUCACAGCACCGGGAGGCAAGAUGCCAGUGCAGAUACCGGACGACACCGAUUUCUUAUCUUUCCGAGAUCAAUGUGAAAGUCAGGAUGGCUGGGUCGCCCGUUAUAAUAAAGGAGUAGUGACGGUUUGGUGUCGAGACGAGGAGUGCAAAACUGUGCAGAAACUCAAGAUGCGAAUCGUGUGCAAGGACGUGACAGCAGAGACCCUCUACGACGUCUUGCACGACACGAGCUACCGGAAAAAAUGGGACACCAACAUGAUCGACACUUUCGAUAUUGGACGGCUGACAGUUAAUGCAGAUGUGGGAUAUUAUUCCUGGAAAUGUCCAAGUCCAUUGAAGAACAGAGACUUUGUCACCAUGCGGUCAUGGCUUCCUCUUGGCAAUGACUAUCUGAUAAUCAACUACUCGGUCAAACACCCGGGAUACCCACCAAAGAAGGAUUAUGUCAGAGCUGUGUCUUUACUCACUGGGUACUUGAUCCAAUCCAACGGAGCGAACUGCUGCACUCUUUAUUACUUGACGCAAGUGGAUCCACGAGGGUCUUUACCCAAGUGGGUAGUAAACAGGGCCUCACAGUUUGUGGCACCAAAGGCUAUGAAAAAGAUUUAUAAAGCCUGCCUAAAGUACCCGGAGUGGAAGCGGAAGCACGAGCCCAAUCUGAAGCCGUGGAGGUACCCGGAGCAGAACACACUACCCAGCAUCAGUGUAGCCGACCUGACAGUGCAGAGAGCAGAUUCCCUGGAGAACAUCGACGAGAGCAGUGCGAGCGAGGAGAAAGCCCAGCACCACAGCGAUGAUGACGAGACCUAAGAUAACACACACUGACUCUCCUGUGGUCUGUGUGUAUGUGGAAGCGACUGUGUGUCAUUCUCAGACAUGGAUGGUUCCCUUAUCAUCCUGUAGAUCAUACAUUCCCUUUUUUUGGACUGAACAAAAUAACCUUAUAUUGUUUUGCAGAGACCUUCAUUCUAUGUCCAUAUACUUAGGAAGGGUCUGGUUGUAUUAGAUGUGUUUAACGGAUACGUUGUAUGGUCAAAUCAAUCGUGUAAAAUUAUAUAAACAGUAUCAGGAAGUUCUUUGGACAUGUAAUAACUUUAUUGCUCAAUGUUUCCAGCGCACAAUACAGAUGUGUUGUAUUAUUGUGACCCAUGUGACUUAAUUAAAUGACUUAAAUGGCGCACAACUCAUUCUGUCAUUCUGUCAAACAGUUAUAUAACUGAUCAAACACCAUAUUUUCUGAGGCGAAGAAUGCCUGGUUGAGAUUGCAAGGACUUCCGCCCUUUUUUCCUUAAAGUGACAAAGAUCUGUGUAUUUCACUGCCUUCAAAAGACCUCAGGAGCUGUAAAAAAUCAAUUCUGUGUAGUACAUUUGGAUCUGUCUGUGUGCUUUUGACUUGGUGGCAUUUUUGGCAGUGUCUUAAGAAUAAAAAGUUUGGUCUUGUAUUUCUAAAA